AUGCUUGAAUUUAUUUCUGCCAUAUUUUUAGGUUUCUGCAAACUGGAUCCUGAACCUAGUGUCCUCUACAUGCGCCACGUGCCAGGAAUAGGGCUCAUCGUCUGCUGCAACUAUGUGGCUAAAGCCACGCUAGUCAGUCCUAUCUGCAACACUCCUUCCUACUACUCCUCCGAAAGUCUCCCAAAAAUGAAGUGUGCAAUUGGUUUCUUGAAUUACGUGGCUAAAUGCAAAGCAGCUUCCCAUUUUUCUGGAGUGACGUGCAUAAAUUGUUACCGGCAUCAGACUAUAAAGUCGCCAUAG